CCAUGCAUAAACCCAUUUAGAGGAUAUGAUUUCGAGCCCACUUCAAUGAACGCUUGAAGACUAGUUCGUAGGAAAAAGGUUCGAGAAAGAUCUCUCGCUCUCUCUCUCUCAGUCGUCUUCUUCCAGGAUCGCUCGGAGAAUAUUUGCAUCAGCCUCCGUGAAGGCGCCAACGAAUCGGUGAGAAUCGAACUUUUGAUCAAAUAUGUCGAUGACCGAGGAGCCGCUUUACCCCAUCGCCGUCCUCAUAGACGAGCUUAAAAACGAUGACAUUCAGCUAAGGUUGAAUUCGAUCAGAAGGCUUUCCACGAUUGCUCGCGCUCUCGGCGAGGAGAGGACGAGGAAGGAGCUGAUUCCCUUUCUGAGCGAAAACAAUGACGAUGACGAUGAGGUGCUGCUUGCAAUGGCUGAGGAAUUGGGAGUGUUUAUUCCUUACGUUGGUGGCGUUGAGCACGCGCACGUUCUGCUUCCACCGUUGGAGACUCUCUCCACGGUUGAGGAGACUUGUGUGAGGGAGAAAGCUGUUGAGUCGCUUUGCAGAGUUGGGUCUCAGAUGAAGGAGACUGAUUUGGUUGAGCAUUUCAUACCGUUGGUUAAGGUUAGCCAAGAGAGGAGGAUAACAACUCGUGGUUUCAUUUCAUUUCUCAUGUUAUCCAGAUUAUACUUUGUCACUGAGCAGGAUAAGUCUUGGCGUGUGCGUUACAUGGUAGCAAAUCAGCUCUAUGAGCUUUGUGAAGCCGUGGGACCUGAGCCUACUAGGACGGAACUGGUGCCUGCAUAUGUGCGUCUACUUCGUGACAAUGAGGCUGAAGUACGCAUAGCAGCUGCUGGAAAAGUUACUAAGUUUUGUCGGAUCCUAAACCCUGAACUUGCUAUUCAGCACAUUCUCCCCUGCGUAAAGGAGCUAUCAACAGACUCAUCUCAACACGUCAGAUCUGCACUGGCUUCAGUUAUAAUGGGAAUGGCUCCAGUCUUGGGUAAGGAUGCAACAAUUGAGCAUCUCCUUCCAAUCUUUCUUUCGCUGUUGAAAGAUGAGUUUCCAGAUGUACGCUUGAACAUCAUCAGCAAACUCGACCAAGUGAACCAGGUUAUUGGGAUUGAUCUACUAUCGCAAUCCUUGUUGCCAGCAAUUGUAGAACUUGCUGAAGAUAGACACUGGAGGGUAAGACUUGCUAUCAUUGAGUACAUACCUUUGUUGGCAAGUCAGUUAGGUGUUGGCUUCUUUGACGAUAAGCUUGGCGCUCUUUGCAUGCAAUGGUUACAAGACAAGGUCCACUCAAUCCGCGAGGCUGCUGCCAACAAUGUGAAGCGUCUUGCUGAAGAAUUUGGUCCUGAAUGGGCAAUGCAGCAUAUAGUUCCACAGGUUCUUGAGAUGAUCAGCAACCCUCACUAUCUGUACCGUAUGACCAUUUUGCGUGCGGUUUCUCUUCUUGCACCAGUGAUGGGCUCAGAGAUCACAUGCUCCAAGCUCUUACCUGUCGUGAUGACCGGGGCUAAAGACAGAGUUCCAAACAUCAAAUUCAAUGUCGCUAAGGUGCUUCAAUCCCUCAUUCCAAUUGUCGAUCAAUCGGUUGUAGAGAAGACGAUUCGUCCAGGGCUUGUGGAGCUAAGCGAGGAUCCAGAUGUUGAUGUCAGGUUCUUUGCAAACCAAGCUCUUCAAUCUAUUGAUAAUGUGAUGAUGUCGAGCUAAAAAAAAACUUUUAAAUCUCUGUCCCUGGUUUUCUAUUUGAUGCAAGAUUCUAAACUCUCAAGACUUUGUAACGUAAGUAACUGAGAACUCUUGUGUUCUGUUUUUUUUUAUUUUUUCAUGCAAACUGCCUAAGUUGUCUACUGUCUUGUGUUAUGUUGUGGUUGGUUUUUUUGUAAGUUAUCCUUUUUAGUUAUUGAACAUUUUUCGCAGAACAUGCAUGUUUCCUCA